UUGUUAUCAAUUAUAAAAACUUUUGUUUUAAAAUCUGCUUUCAAACGGUGGAGGAGAAUACAUGAUUUCCUAAUUGGAAAAAGAAGACAGCAAAUUCCAUCAGCCUAUCCAAAGAAUCAAAGCCUCAGUUGGAUCUCUUUGAUAUAACAAGUGUAGCAUAAUCAUCGAGCAUGAUCAUUUGCUAUCGCAAGCGUGCCAGUUUUGAAGUGGAGGAGAUGUGAAUGACCACAAUCAAGACAUACUCUUGAUCUCAUUCUAAUGGUAUUGCUUCAUUUCAUACCUAACAUAUCGCCAUGGUGAUCGAGAAAUAUUGGGAGUAUAUCGCAGCUGCAGUUAUCAUCUAUUGCGUGACAUAUUUUACGUAUCGGUGGUUCGAGAAAAAAAAAUCUUUCGAAGAGGGAAAAUCUCGAAACAGAAGUUAUAACAAUGAUAAUUAUUCGGACGCUGAAGAGGAUAACGACAUUGCGCCGGCUUUACCGGAGGACCUGAAACAUGUUCCCUUGAAAUUCGAUAUCCUUCCUACGGAUAUGAUGAUAAGAAACUCCAGGGAUUUCUUUGAAAAUAUGAACCGUCGACGAUCGAUCAGGUUGUUCAGUUCCAGAUCCUUUCCGAAGGAAAUCAUUUACAACAUCAUCAAAACAGCAGGGACCGCUCCUAGUGGGGCUCAUACAGAACCGUGGACAUUUGUGGUAGUGGAAAGUAUGGAUAUCAAAAAAGAAAUUCGAAGGAUAAUAGAGGCUGAAGAAGAGACAAAUUAUAAAAAAAGGAUGGGAAAAACUUGGACAACUGACCUGAAACCUUUGAGAACUAACUGGAUAAAGGAAUAUUUGACAGAAGCACCUUACCUCAUUCUAGUAUUUAAACAAACUUACGGUAUGAAACCAGAUGGAACCAAAAAAAUCCAUUAUUACAACGAACAAAGUCUGUCGAUAGCUGUGGGAUUUUUGCUAGCCGCCAUUCAUAAUGCAGGACUGUACUCAUUGACAUCUACCCCUUUGAAUUGUGGCCCCUCCAUUAGGGUUCUUCUCAACAGACCAAUAUCAGAAAAAUUGGUUUUUCUACUGCCGGUUGGAUUUCCAGCUGAAGGUUGUUUGGUGCCCGACUUACAUCGCAAACCACUUUAUGAGAUAAUGAUUGAGUAUUGAGAAGAGAAAUUUAUUCAUACAUGUAUACAAAUAACUUUAUAUUUUUUAUUUUUGUCAUAUUAUAACACCUUUUUUUA